UUCCCCCACUCCUCCCCCGCGCGCCUCCUCGCCCCGCAAUCACCGCUGGCCGUGGCCAUGGACGGCCUGGGCUCAUGGCAGGCCCUGCGGCUCUUCACACUCACCAAGCGGCAGUUCACCCUCGUGUUCGUCACCUUCUUUACAGCGCUCGCGCUCAUCCUGCUCAUCGGAAUCAGCGGCCCUGAAAUCACCGAGUCCCACAUCCUCAAGGCCACGGAUAUAGAAGAGCAUCCGGAUGACCUCAGGACAGCAGUGGAGUACCCCUUGGAGACUCCGGAACUGAAUCCGUUCAACCAGCAGCUCUGGCUGACCUUGCGCCUGGAGCUGCAGACGCCGCCAGACGAAGUGGUGAGGACGGAGCUCACUCUCACGGUAGUGCUGCUGGGCAUCACGGGGGAGAAGCAGGAUGAGCUGAUCAGCGACAGCAACGCGCGGAGCCACAACUACACGGUGAUCUGCAAUAAGGUGCCGACGUGCAACGAGCUGGUGGUGCUCCACCUGGGGUCGAUCGCCUACGGCCACUACUUCGCACGUCUCCGCCUCCACGGGCUGGGUGACCUCGCCAUCCCCGUGCGCCAGAUUUACUUCACUUUCAUGAUGUACAACAAGACGUUCACGCUCAUCGAGGUGUGGUUCCGCUUCUUCUUCGUGCUGCUGAGCUUCAUCAUCAUGUGCGUGUACGGCUGGCUCAUGCUGAAGGUGCCGCUGCUGGAGUGGACUAUGGAACAGAAGUGGACGACCGCUCUGCUGCCCAUGCUCGUCCUCUACAACGACCCGCUGUUCCCCGUGUCCUUCGCGCUGCGCAACUGGGUGCCCGUGCUGCUGGACGCUGGCUUCCAGGCCUCCUUCCUCGCCGGCCUGCUCUUGUUCUGGCUUUGCGCCUUCCACGAUCUGCUCCUGCAGCCCAACCGCCGGUGCUUCCUGGGCUUCUACCUGCCGAAGCUGGUGAUCGUGGGGCCCAUGUGGCUCCUGGCGCUCACCCUGGGUGUCUGGAGGAUCGUCAACGAGAACUACGACCCGUCGUACCACUAUAGGGUGGACGCCGGGGUGUUCCUGGCCCUCAAAGUGGUUUUCUUUCUCCUGGGCGGCCUCUACCUGUGCUACCUCUUCAUGCUCGUGGGACGCUCCUUCAGACAGCUCAAGCAGACCAACUAUCACGGCAAGGAUUCCAUGAUACAGGUGCUCAUCCCAAAUCUACGCCUCAAGUUCCUCACCGUCUUCACCUUCAUCGUCCUGGCCAUCAGCUUUGCCAUCCUCUUCCUGAGGUUUGGGAUUCAUGGCCUUCAGGACAACUUUGUCGCUGAGCUGUCCACGCACUACAAGAACUCCGCAGAGUUCCUCACCUUCUUUGCCGUGCUCAACUUCUACAUGUACACGCUGGCCUUCGUCUACUCGCCAUCCAAGUUCGCCGCUAGCGAGUAUGGCCAAGACGAGAACGCUCAGCCCAUGCUGAGGCGGUCGUACUCCCUGCGCAGCUCAUCCAUCAAACCAGGAGACGCUUUAGGAGGAAACUCUGCCUUUCCGCUCAUGUUGUUGACGGACGAAGAGGAAGUGUGAAACCGGCGGGUGCAGAGAGCCGUGAAGCUUGCAGUGAGGGCGCGUUCAGGAGGCCCCAUCAGGUGCUGCACGUUCUCAUGAACGUGUCUGAAGAUACGCGUCAAACAAACUAAAGUUGAUUUCAAUGGUAUACAUCGGUCUCAUGUAAAGUAACUCUUGAAAUGUAUAAAAAUUUACACAAAUACAAUUGGAAAUGCUAUAACUUUGGAAUCAAUAAUUGAGUCAAACGACUGUCAAUUUAUCUAUACUGUAUUGGUUUAACCCAAAUGUAUAUAGUGGUGUCGAAUUGUAACCGCAUCUCAAGAAGCUGUACGAAAACGGUGCGAGUGCUUAACUGUAGAGGGAGGCAGUCAUGGCCGAGCUAAAAAUGUCUUCAGCCUGGACUUGUAAAGGGGCAGAGAGCCCACAGAUCACGGGGGCAAGCAGAGGAGAAUGAGCGACCUCCCACUGCGAACGAGGCCUUCAAACAAAAGCCAUCAAACUGAAAGUUGUCACUAAAAUGUGAAAUAAGUUUAUUUUUGCAUGAAAAAAAUUAAUGUACAGGCAAAUCUGAACAAAAAACCCAUUAAAACCAUGACCACAUAUGCUCACGUUUUGAUAGCAUCACUCAACACUGGUGAAUUAAGUAUGUUGUAUGCCACAGCCAUGUGUCAUCUAAGCCCUAGAUUAAGGUGGUGAAAACAUAACUCACACAAAUCAUAACACAACCAAUUAAAACCAGUCGGGACAAUCGCUUGUACUGGUACAACGAGGCAACUGGGGUUGGGCAAGCUUCAUUGAUUGUUUAUCAGGAAAUCGGACAACACAAUUGAAUAAUCGGCAAAUGCGACUUCCUUCAGAAUUCUAGUGGAUGCUGCAUGUAAAAUGUACAAGCCUUUAUUACAGAUGUUCAAUGGUCACAAUUUAGAAUCUCGAUUUAUUUAAUAAAACCUAUUCCUUUCACUGUGGUGUCUGUAAUAAUCUGCCGUGGUAUGAAUGUAUACUCUACAGACAUAUAAACAUCGAAUAAUU